AGAAAAAACGAUUCAUUUAUAGAUAAAAUUUAUUAUUUUUUUAAGAAUGAUUUCUUGUGUUGUUUUCAUUAGAUAGUUUAUAAAGAUAUUUUUAUAUAUUUCUAUUUUAUAUAGGAUUUAAGAUUUUCAAGUCGAAUAGUUGAAAAAUCUAUGACGUCGAGUAAAGAGAUAUUGACCUAUACAGCCUUUUUAUCUGAAAAGAAAGUAUUAGAUGAUGAGAUUUGUAGAGUUUCCUCGCUUUUAAAUAGUCCAGAAAAAGACCAAUCAAUAGAAGCGAUUGGUUAUCGAAUUGAAGAUUUAAAUGAUAGUAUGAUAAAAUCCAUAUCGUUACUUCCAAGUUAUGAUAGACGUUUAUUGAAAGAUCAAAUGAAAGAGCUAUAUACGUCUUAUCAACUUUUGAAAAAAGAUGCACGGCCCAGACCUAAUUUUGGAUUUAAAUUAAGUAUAGAUGUGAAUAGUGAUCAAAAAGAACAAGAAGAGCCAAGUUCUAUAAAUUUGUCGUCUACUCCACCAGAAAAGUCAUUAUCUUUGCCUGAAGAUCCAUUCUUACAUGUAGAAGAGAGGAUUAAUUUAUAUAAAAGUGGUAAAAAUAGUGAGGUUAAUCUUUCGGAUUCAUCAUUUUGUAUUUAUUUGAUUCACGAAUUGGAAUGGUGUAGCUUAAAUGCCCGUCAUCUUAAAGAUUGCAUUGUAUUAGCCAACAGUAUUUGUGGACCUGCGUAUAUUUCUAAUUGUCAAAAUUGUACUUUUAUUAUUUUUUCAUAUCAAUUUCGAAUGCAUGAUUGUAAAGAUAUUGACGUUUUGAUUGCCUGUAAAUCAAACGCAACCAUAGAAAAUUGUACAAGAAUCCGAUUCGGGCCUAAUCCAUAUAUGAAUUCCUUUGACGUAUGGAAUAAAAUUCAAGAUUUUGGAUGGUUAAAACAAACCCCGAGUCCAAAUUGGGAGAUUAUUCCAGAAAAAGAUCGUUGGGAUGUUGUUAAGUUGGAAGAAAUCAUUAAUAGUACUGAAAAAAUAUCUGAUAUUAUUAACCUUAUUCGUCACAAAUAAAACAUUUUAUAAAUAUUUUAAGUUUUUUAAAAAAAUAAAAUAUGCA